AGACCUCCCUCCCGGCAUCCCCUGCAGCAGCUGCAGGAUGAAUGAGAAAGACACGCCCCUCAACGCGCGCAUGCGCACACGCCGGCCGCUCUCAGGGACGGGCGCAGACACGCACGCGCACCCUGCACAGGAUCGCGUGCAGACGCUCCCGGCGCGCACGCGGUCUCCCUCGGCCACUUGCCGGGCGGGCGGUGGGCGGUGCUUCACAGAGUCCCAAGAGAAGGAGGCGGGACAGCAGUGUUGGCCGGUGAGCUAGGGCCGGGUCACUGGCCUUGGCGGCACUGCUGUUGGCGUUGGCGCGGGCUGAGGCACCAUGGAAGCCGAACUGGGGACAGAGCGUGGCAUGCCGGACCGGACGCCGGAGGAUGGCGCGCAGGCCCUGGCUGAGUUCGCGGCGCUGCACGGCCCGGCGCUGCGCGCCUCGGGCGUCCCGGAGAGGUACUGGGGCCGCCUCCUGUACAAGCUGGAGCACGAGGUUUUUGAUGCCGGGGAGAUGUUUGGGAUAAUGCAAGUGGAAGAGGUGGAGGAGGAUGAGGACGAGGCUGCUGGGGAAGCACGGAGGAAGCAGCCCAACCCAGGGGGCGAGCUGUGCUACAAGGUCAUCGUGACCAGUGAGAGCGGGCUCCAGGUCACCAACCCCAACAGCAUCUUCCUCAUCGACCACGCCUGGACAUGUCGUGUGGAACACGCACGCCAGCAGCUGCAGCAGGUGCCUGGGCUACUGCACCGCAUGGCCAACCUGAUGGGCAUCGAGUUCCAUGGCGAGCUGCCCAACGCGGAGGCUGUGGCCCUGGUGCUGGAGGAGAUGUGGAAGUUCAACCAGACCUACCAGCUGGCCCACGGGACAGCCGAGGAGAAGGUUCCCGUGUGGUACAUCAUGGAUGAGUUUGGCUCGCGGAUUCAGCAUGCAGACGUGCCCAGCUUUGCCACGGCACCCUUCUUCUACAUGCCCCAGCAGGUGGCCUACACGCUGCUGUGGCCCCUGAGGGACCUGGACACAGGUGAGGAGGUGACCCGGGACUUUGCCUAUGGAGAGGCAGACCCUCUGAUCCGGAAAUGCAUGCUGCUGCCCUGGGCCCCUGCCGACAUGCUGGACCUCAGUUCCUCCACGCCCGAGCCGCCUGCCGAGUACUACCAGGCGAUUUUGGAGGAAAACAAGGAGAAACUGCCAUUUGCCAUCAGCCCAGUGGUGUGUCCCCGUGACCACAUUUAUAAGGUCCACACGGAUGUGCAGCAGGUGCUCAGCCACCUCACUCACCCUCGCUUCACCUUCACCCAGAGCGAGGCUGACGCUGACAUCCUCUACAACUUCUCACACUUCAAAGACUACAGGAGGCUCAGCCAGGAGAGGCCAGAUGUGCUGCUGAACCAGUUUCCAUGUGAGAACCUGCUGACGGUGAAGGACUGUCUGGCCUCCAUUGCGCGCCGGGCGGGGGGUCCAGAGGGUCCCCCCUGGCUGCCCCGCACCUUCAACCUGCGCACUGAGCUACCCCAGUUUGUCAGCUACUUCCAGCAGCGAGAAAGGCGGGGUGAGGACAACCACUGGAUCUGCAAGCCCUGGAACCUGGCCCGCAGCUUGGACACCCACAUUACCAAGAGCCUCCACAGCAUCAUCCGGCACCGGGAGAGCACCCCUAAGGUUGUGUCCAAAUACAUUGAGAGCCCCGUCCUGUUCCUCCGAGAAGAUGUGGGGGGCGUCAAGUUCGACAUCCGCUACAUCGUGCUGCUGCGCUCGGUGAGGCCACUGAGGCUGUUCGUGUAUGACGUGUUCUGGCUGCGGUUCUCCAACCGGCCCUUUGCACUCAACGACCUGGAUGACUAUGAGAAGCAUUUCACUGUCAUGAACUACGACCCAGAUGUGGUACUGAAGCAGGUACAUUAUGACGAGUUCAUCCCCCAGUUUGAGAAGCAAUACCCAGAGUUUCCCUGGAGUGGCGUCCAGGCUCAGAUCUUCCAGACCUUCACAGAGUUAUUCCAGGUGGCAUGUGCCAAGCCACCACCCCUGGGCCUCUGUGACUACCCCUCGUCCCGAGCUGUGUAUGCUGUUGACCUCAUGCUGAAAUGGAACAGCCGUCCAGAUGGGAAGCGAGUGAUGCAGCCACAGAUCCUGGAGGUGAACUUCAAUCCUGACUGUGAGCGGGCCUGCCGGUACCACCCCACCUUCUUCAACGACAUCUUCAGCACCUUGUUUCUGGACCAGCCCAACAACUGCCAUGUCACCUGCCUCAUCUAGGCACCUGCGGCCCUUCCACCUGUGCUUGCAGGCCAGGUCCAGCCUCAGUUCACUGAACUGCUUCUGUAGGGUCUCCAUCCCCCUCCUCAUCCUCCUUCCCUCCUUGGGUCACAGCCCCAGCGCAAGUCCUCUGUCCUGAGCCUUUGUCCCGCUUCAUUCCUUGGGACUUUGGCCUACCCCAUGGGCCAGAGCAUGGACAGUGAGGGUGUCUGCCCAGCUGAGCAUUGCUGUCCACACUCCUCUCCACUGUCUGUGCCCUGACAGGUCUCCACCUCAGCCAAGGGCUUUAUUCCUGGCAUUAGGAGUUUGGUUUCCAGAGGUGUUAGGGGAAGAGGAGCUCCUCAGAAACAGUGUUCAUAAGGAAGCAUCUGGGAGCCUUGUGUCUAACGGGGCCAGGCAGGUCUCCUCCAGUCUCUGCCCUCCUGCCUUGUGCCCCAUCCCCCAGCCUCCGGGCAGGUUGUCAGCAUUCCACACUUGUGCCUAAGGGGCUUUGUGUGACAGGGCCCCAGGACAGCUUGGGGGACCCAGCCCUAUGCCCUUCAUAAGGUUCUGCACUCCACCAGAACCUUCGCCAGCAAACCUCCCACUGAUGUGCAGGAAGGAAGGCCAUCUGUUGCUGGCCUCAUCCUCUUGGAAGCCAGCAGUGGCCUCCCUGCUUGCUAGGCACCUACCUCUGAGAUGGGCUGGGGUCCUCUGGGAAUGAGGGGCUUAAGGGCAAGUGUGGGAGGUUGCACAGCACAAGAUAGGGAACAGCUUAGAAAUGCCAAUUGCUAAGAGAAGAUGGGUCCACAGAGAACUUUAUGUUAAAGUUUUAGACCAUCUUCUACCGAGAUCUAGAGUCAAAAUGCUGCAGUUUUAAUUUAUGAGAAGAAAAUGUAAAAUUCUGGGUUUUUUCCUGGAAUUUGGAGUCCACUGCCAGCAUUUUUGUGUAGCCACAGCACAGUGGACCUAGCUUGUUAGUGGGUAAGUCUGGCUAUAGGUGGCAGGAGCUGCUUCCAGAGCCUUCUGGUGCUCCAGGGGGGCAAGCCAGAUGCUGUGACGUUUGUUCAUUUUGGAAGCUAAAACUGGACAUAACCCUGCCUGCCAGCUCUAUCUCUUGGAGACUAGGCCACCUCAGCUAGUGACACCCUUAGCUAGUCAUUGCCCAGCAUGAUGGGAAGGCUGCCAAGGGCAAAAUUGACACUUCUGUGAUCCUUUCCCUGGAGAGCGGACGUCCUUCCCUCCAUGUUCUGUUUCUACUGCAGUAAAGUUUGCUUUCUUUCAUGGCUGGCCUUUCAGCUGUCUCCCUGCCCCACUGAUGUAGGCAGAGCCUGACGUGUCACAAUGUGGGCUUUGGGAAACAGGAGAAAGACCACCAAGUUGAGACCUCCA